CGGAUCUGAAUUUGUGUUAUGCGCGAUCUAAAGGAAUGCUUAAUGGAUCUCUUGCGAACGAGAGGAAUUUCAGUGGGGGAGCAAUUUACGCAGUGCACUGAUAGGAACUUCUCAAAACGCCAUUAUAAUUUCAAAACCAUCCGAGGGCUUAGUACUGAGCUUGAUUCUAGCAACUCUGAUAUUAUUUCGGGACCCAUAAUCCAUUUUAACGAAAAUCUUUCAAUGGCAAGAAGAUUUAAUAUGCGUAAUUUUGCAUCGUGCCGCUACACAUCGUGUCCCUCUAGUAGAACUAGUCUGGAAAGCAGUUUAAGAAACGAUGAAAGGAAUUUAUCAUCUGGAGAUGAUUCGUUGCCAAGAAAAAGUUUUCACUGUAGUCGAAAUUGUAUAUGCCAAGCAGCAGUGGAAGGAAGUACCAGUGACGACGGGACACAGCUCGAUUCAUUCUGCACUCUUUGUACUUCUUCGUUUAGUUAUACAAAUUGUUGCGGAUACAGUAGUAAUGCAUGUUCUGACUCUAACUCGGAGUGUAUUUUGGGUUCAAACAGCAACAGCAGAAAACGUUUAAAACAGUCAAAAAGGCAUGAUAUUGGCUCGGUGUUCGGCAAGACUGACGACAGCAACAUAGGCAACGCUGUCAAUUUAUCAGUUCAGGGCGGCAGCCAAAUGCAUUCGCACCAAUUAGACUCCUAUGACUCCACGGGAAGCAUUUCUUCCAUGGAAAGGCCUAAUGGAGGCGCAUUGGCUCUGCAUUACGCGGCGGCACGUGGCUGCUUAGACUGUGUGCAAUUGCUUGUGGGAGCAUCAACAGAUAUUUGUUACUUCUCUACAAUCAGUGCUAGAAAGGGCAUUUUUGGUAGGAUGACCACCAGCUUAACCUCCUAUCGUCGUAGCAAAGUUAAAAGUAAAUCCAACAACGAUAUUUCCUCUGUAGUAGCGGAGGUUAAUGGUGUUAGUGGUGAGCUACAUAACUCACCACAACAUGUUUCUAAUGAUGAUCUCUCAGAUUUAGCCGAAAUGAUGAGCGUAAAUGUGGAAAAAGAGAAAAAUCUGGCCAGUGAUGAUGUAGCUGUUGUACGAAAAGAACACAAUAACCGACGCAGUAUUGUAAGCGCAAAUACACAAAUGGAUAAUGAUGUCACACCAGUCUACUUAGCAGCGCAAGAAGGGCACUUGGAAGUACUGAAAUUUUUAGUGCUUGAAGCAGGCGGCUCACUCUACGUUCGCGCACGCGACGGUAUGGCACCGAUACAUGCCGCUUCACAAAUGGGGUGUCUGGAUUGCCUCAAGUGGAUGGUACAAGAUCAAGGAGUUGAUCCGAAUCUGCGAGAUGGGGAUGGCGCCACACCGUUGCAUUUUGCUGCCUCGCGAGGCCAUCUUUCUGUUGUUCGUUGGUUGCUUAAUCAUGGUGCAAAGCUUUCAUUGGACAAAUAUGGCAAAUCACCUAUUAACGACGCUGCAGAAAAUCAGCAAGUAGAGUGUCUUAACGUGUUAGUGCAACAUGGCACUUCUAUAGAGUAUAAUUGUCGCGACAAGAACCCCCUGCAACGACAUAAAACUUGUUCCUCAUCCAGCAAGCAACUACAGGAGACGCAAAAUUGCAAUUUCAAUGGUAGCGACAGUGUUAACUGUGUCAGCAAUUGCUCACACGGCAGCUGCAAUUCAAAUAGCAGUAAACAGACCAGUCGCAGCAAUACCAUCAAAUCCAAGUCAUCGUCGACUUUGAGCUCAGAUAUUGAGCCAUUUUACCUGCAUCCACCAUCCAGUGUUAUGGCUCACAAGCGCGUGGACGCUAUUUAUGCACAUUCACAACAGUCACGGUCGUCUUCUGAAAAAUUGUACAAUGGACAAAUGGUGCCGAAUGAUGGCUUGUAUAUUAAUCCAAUGCGUAACAACUUCUUUUCCCCUCCUUCCCCCAAUGGCAGCGUGUCUGGAGAAUCAUUCUUUCUUCACGAUCCCCAGGAAUUAAUUUAUAAUCGGGUGCGAGAGUUGUUUGAUUCAGAUUGUAGUAGCAUUAGACAUUCGAAACCAAAACUAAAUCGACACAAAUCUCAAACUCAAAAUAAGAAUAACAAAUCAAAUUCCAUAAACAAUGCAAUGACUGUACAAGCAGAUGUGCACUCGAGCUCUAGUGGUGCUGGAAGUGGAUCGGAAGAAUCCAUUUCCGUUUCAGUACAAUCAAGUAUGAAUUCUUCCAAGGCGAACAAUCUCCGGAGUCACAGCUUCAAUGUUCACAAUAAAUGCAACAAUCAAAUUGGCAGUCGCGAUCAAAACACCAGCACCAGUACCAGCGUAAAGAUGAGCAUCAAUAAUAAUACAAAGACGAAUGAAAACGGUAUAUCCGGGCUCAACUAUAAUAAAAAUAAUAUCUGUAGCAACAACAGUAGCAUAAAGAAAGGAAUUCAAAAUCAAACUCCAAACCAAUCAAACAACAAUUAUUUGAACAAUGAAAAAAUGCGGCAUGAAAGUUCGCAUGAUCAUGAUUACGAGGAUAUAUAUAUGGUUCGUGAAGAAGCUCGAAGAAACCAACACAAAUACGGAUCUGGACGGUCACGGUCCCGUGACAGUGGGUCACAUUCGCGCUCAGCUAGCACUUCCUCAACUCGCAGUACAGAUAUCGUACUACAAUACAGCAACCAUAAUAUGAACAAUAAACUCAAAAGUGAACCAUUGAAUCGAAAUAAAUCGCAAUCGGCCAUUGGAUUGCAUACAAACAAAUACGAGAUGUCGCAUAAGGAAAGCUAUACCGUUAAAAACGUGAAUGUGAAGAACCAGCUCAACACAAGUUGUAAUAACAACAACGGUGGCAUUAAGAGCGACACAUAUGAAAGUCUAUGUCCAAUAGAAGAUAUUGCGGAACGCACAAAGCAAUCACACAAGAACUCGGUUAUUCGCAAUAAUCUUGAUGGUAGCAGCUCCAGCAACAUGCUUCAGUCCACUUGCAGCUAUGAUGAAAACUCAACCGAUCGCCACUUAAAACGAGUUUCUUCUGCUCCACCUAUACAAAACAUAGCAAUCGUAAGCGGUCCACCACCUCCUCCAUUGCCACCACCGGUGAACGCAGCCGUACAUAAAAACAGCCAAUUGAUUGCAACCGAACCCUCAAAUUGUUACCUUAGUAACUCAAACGUUUUGGAUAAUAUAGACUCUGAUUCGGGUCUAGAAGUCAUCGAAGAGCCGAGUUUACGUCCAUCGGAGCUAGUCAGAGGCAAACAUAAUCGAACUAUGUCUACAAUCUCGGCAAACAAAAAGGCAAAACUUCUGAAUGGCGGUAGUAGCGCAAGUGUGCAACAGCCUACUCCGAUUGCAACUAUUGGCUGUGUUGCUUCAAAUGGUGAAAUCAGCAAUUAUCAACCAGUGCAAAUCGGCAACUACAAUAAUAACAGUACUGCUUGUGGCGGAUAUCAUAUUUGCAGUGAUCAACAGGAAGACAGAAGCCAGGUGCAACAUCAUCAAUUGCAUCAUACAGAUAUUCAACAACAACAAUUGCAACAAAGUUAUCAACAAACUCAAAUUUAUGGAUCCUCGGCCGAAGAUCACUAUGAGCUACAACAGAUACAAUACGGGUACGCGAGCAACGGUGCCCAUUGUCCUCGUCCAGGCGGCCCAAAUUUAGUUAAUAAACAGUUAGUACUGCCUUUCGUGCCACCCAGUUUUCCAAAUAAGUCGCAAGAUGGAGUGACUCAUCUCAUAAAACCAUCUGAGUACCUAAAGAGUAUAAGUGAUAAACGGUCGUGUCCAUCGUCUGCAAGAUCCACCGAUAGCGAGGAUUAUAUGCAUAUCCAAGUGGCUAAUCAACAUGCAGUCGGCUUCGAACCUCCAAAACCGCCACCGCCACCUCCUCUGCCAAUUCACGCCCUAUUGCCGCACAAUGACAAGCAAAACAGUGUAAAAACAAUGAAUUCACAUGUAUCCAUAGUCAAUCAGGAUACUGCCACUCGUAAACAGCAUCAGCCACUCUCCGCCAUCUCCAUUCAAGAUCUUAACAGUGUGCAGCUUCGUCGUACUGAUACUCAGAAAAUGCCAAAGCCGUAUCAAAUGCCAGCACGUAGUCUCAGCAUGCAGUGUCUAACCACCUCAUCUGAGGCUUAUCUUAAGACGGACCUGAUUGCAGAAUUAAAGAUAUCAAAGGACAUUCCAGGCAUUAAAAAAAUGAAGGUGGAAAAACAAUUGGCGGGUCAAUUCGAAAGUGAACAUUAUUCGGAAAUUUCCAAACAGUUUACGGCGAACAAUUAUAUGGAUCAGCUUUAUUUACAGAUUCCAGAAAAAGAUCAAGCGGGAAACAUCAUCCCGGAUUGGAAACGUCAAAUGAUGGCAAAAAAGGCUGCAGAACGUGCCAAGAAGGAAUUCGAAGAACGAAUGGCAAAAGAAGCUGAAAAUAGGCGACUCUCACAGAUCCCUCAGUGGAAACGAGAUCUGCUUGCGCGGCGGGAGGAAACUGAAAAUAAAUUAAAAUCUUCAAUUUAUACUCCUAAAGUGGAGGAGAAUAAUCGCAUUGCUGAAACAUGGCAACUAAAAAAUAAAGCCUUUUCAAUAGACAACAUUAAUUUUGUUCCCCCUUGCACCGAUGCCCAACCACCAAUUGUGGGUGCUUGUGACAACAGCAACAAGGAAAACAAGGGACAAAAUGAACAAAACACAAUAGGCAACAACACAACUGAAGAUGCCACUACACAAAACUUCUCCAAUGAUAACCAAUACAUCAAAGGAGAAGAUGCUGAUAACAUUAUACCAUGGCGAGCCCAGUUACGAAAAACAAAUAGCAGACUAAGUUUAAUUUAAAAACGUACAUAAAUGUUAUCCUUGUUUUAAUACCUUCGAAAAUAAUUUGUUCUACUUACUUACUACGUAUACUUAUGAUAAACCAGCAAAUGAUACUCGGUAUGUCUUACCUGAAAGGCGAUAAGGGUGGAACUGUUACAUCUUUUUUCACCAACUAUUUUUUUUCAAUAUGUGUUGUAUGUACAUCUGUGUACGUACAUAUUAUAUAUUCUUUGCCUUAGGCUAUAUUUCGCUAUUCUAAAUUACUGUUGCAUUGGGCAACUGAAAUAAUAUACAUGAGUAUAUGCAUAUGUGCAUAUGUACAAUACAAUACCUUCAUCUGCAUGCAAUGCAUAUGUAUAUGUUUAAACAAUAUAUCAUUUAUACAUACAUAAUUUUACGUAUCUAAAUAUGUGCAUAUUAUUUAUUACCUUAAUUAUGAUUUAUUAUUUUAUACUUGUUAUGCCAGAAUACAAUUUGCAAUAAAUAUAAAUUUUAAAAACACCGACCUUUUUAUAUGUAAGAAUACUUACCCAAUAAUUGAAUCACUAAUAACAUCGAAAAUAAACAUUAAAGACCGAAUGGUUCGUCUA